AUGGCCGACGGUAGACGCCAGAAUGCAGGAACAAGAGUGCCAGUGGCUCUGCCCAAGGGUGAGCAGACUCAGCCCGCAGUCUCUUCGGUGUCUCAGGACGUCAGUUUGCAAUUGGCAAUUGGAAGCCGCGUCCGCCUUACCACCACCGCGCCGAACCAAACCACGGUGGAGGGUACCGUCUACACGGCUGAUCCUCUGACCAACCUUCUCGUUAUAACCACCACUGCCAGUUCUUCCGCUAUCACCUCCUCGUCCCUCGUCGCACCAGCUGGAACCUACCGAAUCAUCCCGAUUUCGCAGAUCAGCUCCUUUCAGCUGCUUUCUCUUCCUCAAUCCUCGCCGGUGUCUGCGAACAGCUCGGCCCUCAACACAAUCGACACCAAUGCUGUGCAAGGGCGACUUGUAAGGAACAUAGCCUCUCAACAAGCAGCACAAGCGCGCGUUGGUCCCAAAGGCACAAGCCCAGUCGAUCAAGCGCUGUUCGAUGCCCUCUCGCGAACACAUCCUGCUCGGUGGUCGGGCAACAUGAUGGUCAUCUCAGAUACUUUCUUGAUUGAUAAACCAUAUGGCGCGGCCAAUGUCCGGCACGCGGAGGGGAGAGACGGCGAUCUGGAUCGAAUGAAGAAGGUGGUAGACAUGGAGCGGCAGAAGAUCACACUGAGAUUUGCAAAGGGGUCACUCGACGGGAAGCUAGGAUCAGAUGUUUCGCCUGUCAAAGCGCCGUCGCCUGCGGGCAUGAAGAAGGGCGGCUAA